AGACGCAACGCAACUAAAGUUUCUAUUUUUUUUUUCUAUUUUCCGCACAACCCUAAUAAAACGCCGUCUCCUCUUCUUCUUCUUCUUCCUCGCUCGCGCCUCCGUCACGGUUCCUUCACUCUCUCUCUCUCUCAAACUCGCCCAUCUUAUCGAUUCCCCAGGUCUGAUGGGAACUCCAGAAUCAUCUCGAGAGCCCUGCCCUGACCGUAUCCUCGACGACAUCGGCGGCGCCUUCGGUAUGGGAGCUGUCGGAGGAGGAGCCUUUCAUUUCAUCAAAGGAACUUACAACUCUCCCAAAGGAAGUCGCUUUAUGGGAGGGAGACAAGCGGUGACCAUGAACGCUCCUCGCUUGGGAGGUAGCUUCGCUGUUUGGGGAGGCUUAUUCUCGACGUUUGAUUGCUCCAUGGUGUACCUUAGGCAGAAGGAGGAUCCUUGGAACUCGAUCUUCGCAGGCGCUGCGACUGGUGGGUUUCUGGCUAUGCGUCAGGGGCCUAGCUCGGCUGUGAGGUCUGCCCUUUUCGGCGGGGUUUUGCUUGCGUUGAUCGAAGGAGCGGGGAUUGCGUUGAAUAAGAUGUUGGCUCAGCCUCAGCAUAUGCAGAUGGAGGAGGGGAUGAUGCCUGGAAUGCCUGGGAUGCAGAUGCCGAGUCAGGUACAGGCGCAGGCGAUACCGGAGGAUACUUCUUCAUCGUCACCAUCGUCAUGGUUGGGAGGGCUAUUUGGUAAGAAGAAUGAUGAGGCGCAGGGGCAAACGAGUAGCGGAAGUGAAACAAAGGUGUUGGAGAGUUUUGAUGCGCCUCCGGUGCCGUCAUUUGAGUACAAGUGAAGGUUGAUGGAUCCUCUCUUGUCAUCCCGAUCGUUGCCUACGGCUCUUCAGCAGUCUGUUCUGUUUUAUCCUGUCCUCAUUUGUUUUCAGCAGAAUUAUAUACACUUGUUCUUGGAAGAAUGAGUCUCUCUUCUUUGGCUUAAAGUUUUAUGUUUUUAACGUUAUUUGUGCUUACUACUGUGAAACCAUUCACGCAACUAUUUAUUGUUGGGUUUUUGAAUAAUGUAGUAGUAUUAGACUUUCA